AUGGAAAACACAGUUAGAGCAGAACCGUCAGAUGAGGUACAAGUCCCCGGUCCAUCAACUUACUCCCCUGUUGAUUGUUUUGAAGCGCUGCAAACUCAGCAAGAGGAAAUAGAGAAGACAAUCAAAGAAAGUGGACCCUUGGUCAGUGAGCUGUUGCCAUUGUCUACACUAGCAGAAGACUUUAAUGAGCACACUGUGUACCUUGAGAAGCUGGAGUUGUUGAAGAAGCGCUACGGUAAAAUGCGUCGAUUACGUCGUGAUGGGAAUUGUUUCUAUCGUGCGUUUGGUUUUGCAUACAUGGAGUAUCUAAUGCAGGGCAAGAGGAAAGAGGAGGCCAAAAGAUUCAUUCGUUUCUGUGAUGAAUGCAAGGAAUUCCUCAUCUCCGUCGGCUACACUGAAUUCACAGUGGAGGACUUCCAUGAACAGUUUACUGGAAUGGUUGAAAAGCUGGUACUCCAGGACAGUUCACUGUCAGAGUUGGAAGAUCUCUUCAACAACCAAUCCUACUCCGAUUACUACGUUGUCUUUCUUAGACUCUCCGUGUCCAGCUACAUGCAACGCAACGAAUCCUUCUACUCCAACUUCAUCCCGGAUAAUAAGACUGUCCGCAGGUUCUGUGAAACGGAGGUCGAGCCGAUGGGUCUGGAGUGCGACAACGUCCACGUAGCUGCACUGGCCUUGGCCAUGGAUGUACCAAUUAAGAUCGAGAAUUGCCAACAAUCAGGCGAGUUGAAUAGCCUCGAAUUCCCCGGUCGGGAGAACGCGAGUUCGGGCGAACAUGCUGCCGCGCCUGUUGUGCUGCUCUAUCGACCCGGACACUAUGACAUUUUGUAUGCCUGA